AUGGGUUUUCCCGUCGGGUACACAGAGCUCUUGUUCCCAAAACUGGUCCUCCACCUUCUCUCCGUCUUCACCUUCAUCCGAAAACUCAUCUCCCUCAUCUUCUCCCAUCUAGGCCUCCCCGAUUUCAUCGAACCCGACAUUCCAUGGCCCGAGACCUCAACCCGAACACCCGAAUUCGAAUCCGUUUCCGCUCUCCUCAUUCGCGAAAUUCUCCCGGUUGUCAAGUUCAACGAGCUACUGGACCUGGACCUGGACCCACCUGAAAGCUGCGCCGUCUGUCUCACUGAGUUCGACGAAAACGAUGAGAUCAGACGGUUAGCGAACUGCAGACACAUUUUCCAUCGAGGUUGUUUGGACCGUUGGAUGGGAUAUGAUCAGAGGACGUGUCCUUUGUGUAGAACUUCCUUUAUACCUGAUGAUAUGCAGACUGCUUUCAAUGAGAGACUCUGGGCGGCUUCUGGGAUUCCUGAAUUUCACUCUGAUGUUUCUCUUUUCUAG